AGCCAGUGACACAUCACCUGAAGACAUGUACUUUGUCUGUGAGUCAUCCCUCUUUAUGCUAAUGAAGUACUGCCCCAAGUGCGGAGGGAAAGUUAUCUGUCGAACCAAAACCUUAGUUGGUCCUAUGCUAGUGGUGAAGAUGAUAUGUGAGCAGGACUGUGACGUCAUUUGGCGGUCCCACACCACCACGGGGAAGGCUCAGCAGCAGUCACUGUGUUCUAUUCUGCUCGUAGCAGCCAUCCUUCUGUGCGGCGGCACCUACAGUAAAUUCAGCAAGUUUGCUGAAUUUUUCCACUUGCAAUUCAUGUCAAGACGAACCUUCUUUUCAAUACAACAGAAGUUUGUAUUUCCAGUUAUCCAAGCGGCAUGGCUUGCAGAGCGUACGCGUGUUCAUUCACUUUUGUUAGGCAGACAACUCACUCUAGCUGGAGAUGGCAGGUGUGACAGCCCUGGCUAUUCCGCACGAUUCGGGACAUACACUUUCAUGGAUGUUGCAUCCGACCUAAUUGUUGAUUACCAUCUGGCGAUGUCCACGGACACAACCAGCUCAGUGGCAAUGGAGAAGAUGGGAUUCGUUGUCACACUUGACCGUUGUUUGGAGCAAGGGUUGAAGAUUGCCACUGUUGUCACUGACCGGAGCCCCAGCAUAAAGAAGGAGAUGCGAGGACGCCACUCCAUCAAGCAUCAGUUUGAUGUAUGGCACUAUGCCAAGAGUGUCGCCUCCAAGAUCAGGGCAGGAUGCAGGAGGAAAGACCAGCAGGCCUUGCUCGAGUGGUUACCGGCCAUCAAUAACCACUUGUGGUACUGCGCCCGGUCGUGCGGAGGCAAUGCUGUGCUGCUGCGUGAAAAGUGGAACUCAGUCCUCUACCACAUCGUCAACCGACAUAGCUGGACUGAGGGUACACUCUUCACGCAGUGUGCACAUCCUCCGCUUUCCACUGAUGAGCAGCGACAGAAAAAGUGGCUGACACCCGGGUCUCCAGCCUACAAGGUUCUGGAAUCAGUUGUUCAAGACAAGAGACUGCUGGCAGAUUUGAUGCAUUUGUCAGAUUUCCAGCACACUGGAAACUUAGAGGUGUACCAUAGCAUGAUGACGAAGUACAUGCCGAAGCGAAUUCAAUUCAGUAGAGAGGGAAUGGAGGCCCGCACCCAGCUUGCUGCUCUUGACCAUAACUUCAAUGCUGGCAGAGAACAGGCAACAUCAAAAGGUCAGCCACAGUACAAGGUCCAGUUUUCUCGAGUGAAGGGUGAUUUCGUGGCCAAAAAAAUCUACAGUGAAAAGAAAUACGGAUGCAUGCACAGCAUGAUGCAGCAGGUCAGUGAUGUGGCCACGAAGAGGCUGACAGUGCCACCCAUCCAGAAGUGUAAGCCUGUCAACGUGUCGCGACGCGGGGCUCCAGUCAAGGCAGCAGUUGUCGCCAAUCUGCAAACGAGAUUGGCAAUGGCAGCAACAGCAGAAGCAUCACCAUCAGUUGCACCAGAGGAGGAAGAGGAACAAGAGUAUGAAGUAACGUUAGAGGAUGAUGCAGGGUAUGUGCAGGAGGAAGACCAGGACAGCGAAGAUGAAGGACAACAGCAGUGCGUUGUUCAAUGCGAUGUUCCCACCCAAAUAUGAACACACGGCAACACAGCUCUAUUUUUAUUUCCGCUUCAAACCUGUAGUUGUUUGAGCUGCUCUCAUGAUAAAUUAUUUGUUUUUUAAAGCCGUUUGUGCCCGCGAUCAUUCGCUUGUACAACUGCGCCGGGCUGUAUGUGCUGUGACUAUGAGUAUGAGUCAUGCUCGCACUAUGAUACCUUUUGUGUCACGUGUACGUAUAUGUGAUGGUGCGAGCAUGCUGUGCCUUUGCUGGCCUUUUUCCCUUCUUUUCGUUUUAGUUGUGGUGGAAGUGUUUUGCAAGGAGUAAUGACCAACAAGAACAAAUGGUGUGUUGUCCAAUUUGCAUGUUCGGAGAUUAUGCCUGUGCACAUGUAUCUGAUUUUGUUGCCAGUCCUCAAUGCCUAUCGUUCAGGAAUCCUAAAUAGCUUAUUCUUUACAUUGAAGUAUUAGAGAAGGCAAGUCAUUGCUUACCUCUAAAAGUUAUGAUGUCAAUCUUCGGGCCACUGAGUAUCCGCCUCAUCCCUGGCUUCUUCAAACCCAUGGUACGGUACACCUUC